GACUCCUUCAAAGCUCGAUCGCCGACGUCUGGGAGUCUGUCGCUGGACAAAGCUCGGAAUCGCCGCCGUGGGAAAAAACGAAACCGAAAGUGAACGGGAAAGAAUCGUAUGGGAAUCGCGAAAUUCGGCGAGGUAUCAUCGCGGGGAAGUUCGCGUGUCCUUUAUUUUCGAGCAACCAGUUCGGAGUCGUCAACAAAGUGUUCGCCUUGCGCUUUUUGGAAAGCUCGAAGUGUUUCGGCCGUGUUUUGAAAAAAUUUCCGGUCGAGCUUUCAGACGCGCUCGACGUGGCCGUUUCCCCGGAAAAUUCGCGGACGGAAAACCUUGCGGGCUCGCGGUUCGAAGUGGAGUGCUGCGGAUUUCUCACGAGUGUGGUCAAUGCCGUAAGGCGUGCGGUCGAAAGCGCUGCUUUUUUUCGGUUCGUCCGAUUUUAACGUUCUCGUUUUGGGAUUUCUUCUUUUUCUCGUUCGGGGUGAAGUGAAAGUGAAUAGUUUUCAAGAUGACGGAAGUUGCGAAGUAUAAGGAUGAGCUUUUGACAGACGAGCUGAUGUCCAAGGCGCAUUUUUACGACAUAAAUGCCGAGGAGUCCGAAAUUCAAAAAUUCUACAACGGGCAGACGGUAUUCAUCACGGGUGGAACCGGAUUCUUGGGAAAAAUCAUCAUAGAGAAGUUAUUGAGAGUAACCAAAGUUAAACAAAUAUAUCUUCUCGUCCGACCAAAGAAGAACGUUCGACCUCAGAAACGCUUGGAGCACAUGCUCGAUGACCCAGUGUUCGAGAGGUUGAAGCAGCACUCUCUGAAGAGCCUGGACAAGAUGGACGUGUUGGAGGGUGACCUGGAGGAGGCCGACCUGGGUCUCUCGGACAAGGAUAAGAAGAAGAUCGUCGACGAAGUGACAAUCGUCUUCCACUCGGCGGCCACGGUCCGCUUCAACGAGAACCUCAAGAUCGCCACCCGCAUCAACGUCUGCGGCACCAAAGAGACCCUCGCACUCGGCCAUCAGAUCAAAAACUUACAAGCUUUUGUAUACGUAUCAACCGCAUUUUCACACUGCCCACGAAAGGAGAUCGGCGAACAAUUCUACCAGAGCCCGGUGGACGUUGAUCAACUAUUAACACUCAAAGACGUCUUGAACGAGGAGCAACUGGAUACUUUGACGCCACAACUCCUCAAUGAAUGGCCAAACACUUACGUUUUCACAAAGGCUGCGGCCGAAGAAGUGGUCAGGAAAGGAGCGCCUGGGUUACCAUUAUCUGUUGUUCGACCAGCUAUUAUUACGACGACUUACAACGAGCCGCUGCCUGGAUGGAUCGACAAUCUGUACGGGCCUGGUGGGAUCGUUGUGGGUGCAGCGGCCGGCGUUCUCAGGACCAUCCACUGUGACGAAGGGGUCCAAGCUGAAAUAGUCCCCGGAGACAUGGCCGGCAAUUGCAUACUUGCCGCUGCUUGGGACGUCGCCAAAAG